CUAUUAGAACACAACAUCAACAUUGGGAAGUGGGAAAAACUUAAACAAAUUUCUAUAUAGCGAAGGUUUGAAAACAAGAAUCAGUUUUGUUCUUCAAACCUAAACGUCUUUUCUAUGUAAUUGUUUCCUUCAACCACUCUCAUAUUCUCAUUUAUUAAGCCCAAAAACAACAGCCAAAUCUUAGUAUUUUAGUUUUUCGUUUUUAUAAUAGCAACUUCAUGUUUCUAGAGUCUUUUUAUGGUAAGGGACAGCUCUACAUCCGCCUACAUGGAUUUUCAUGAUCUUUGUUGAAAUAUUUUGCCUGAAUUGGUUGGUUGAUCACUAUUUACGUUCAUUCCAUAAGUUGAAGAAAUUAAAUAUGAAAAGCUUUGGUUUUUAAGUAAAUUUCUUAAUGAAAAUUCACCCUACCAUUCUCUUUAAUAGUAUUGGAUUUUUCUUCCAAAUCUUGGUAAAAAUAUUGCCACUUUGUUUUGUGUAAGUUGGUAUUGUUUGAAAGUUGAGUUGAGAAUAUGGGGAGUUUAGAGGAGGGCAAAGACUCUAAUACUUUAGUAAUAAAUCAGAACAAGCCUUUACCAUUAAAAAUACUUCAGUUUCUGCUGCUAUUUUUUGGUCUAGGAAUUGCUUUUUCAAUUUUAAGUAUGUGUAUGCUUAGAUUUGUAGAAGUGCAGAAUGUAUUACUUCCUGUGAUACAAACAAGAAUACAGUCAUGUUUUCAAAAACCAAAUAGUUUAGAGAGUUGGAUUAGACCUCCAUUAAAUUUGCAGCAUAACAUGAAUGAUAGACAGCUUUUCUGGAGAGCUUCAUUUGUUCCUCAAAUUAAAAAUUGUCCUUUUAAAAGAACGCCUAAGAUCGCGUUCAUGUUCUUGACUCGAGGACCUCUGCCUUUGGCGCCAUUGUGGGAGAGAUUCUUUAAAGGGAAUGAAGAACUUUAUUCAAUCUACAUUCAUACCUUGCCAUCAUAUAAAUCUGAUUUCGCGCCUUCCUCAGUGUUUCAUCGCAGGCAAAUUCCUAGUCAGGUGGCGGAGUGGGGAAAAAUGAGCGUGUGUGAUGCUGAAAGACGGCUUCUUGCUAAUGCAUUGCUUGAUAUUUCCAAUGAAUGGUUUGUCCUCCUAUCCGAGUCUUGCAUUCCUCUCCAUAACUUCAGUGUUGUCUAUCGCUACAUAUCAGAAUCCAGGCACAGCUUUAUAAGUGUAUUUGAUGAUCCUGGACCUGUUGGAAGAGGGCGUUAUAAUAAGAACAUGUCGCCUGAGGUUAACAUCACUGAAUGGCGUAAAGGAUCCCAGUGGUUUGAAGUAAACAGGAAACUGGCUAUUGACAUUGUUAAAGAUCAAGUAUACUACCCAAAAUUUGAACAGUUUUGCAAACCAUCAUGUUAUGUUGAUGAGCAUUAUUUCCCAACAAUGUUACACAUCCAAUCUCCUCAUCUCCUGGCAAAUAGGAGUCUCACUUUAGUAGACUGGUCUAGAGGUGGUGCUCAUCCUGCUACAUUUGGAAAGGCUGAUAUUACAGAUCAGUUUCUCAAGAAAAUUGUGGAAGGCGGGACGUGUGUCUACAAUAACCAGACAACUUCACUUUGUUCCCUUUUCGCCAGAAAAUUUUCUCCUAGUACAUUGGAACCUUUAUUAGAACGCUCGUCCAAGUAUCUGGGCUUCUGAUAUGAAUCUGUGAUGAAACAAACUUUCUGCCACAUGAUUGCAGUUAUUCGCGGCUUCAGAACACCAAAGGCCUGACAACACAGGAUUGACAUUGCCCCUGAUAUACUAAGAUAUACGAUAUUCUUGAAUAUGAUGAUGUUGUAAUCACAUUACAUGAAUUCCUAGUAUUUAUUAUUUGACUUGGAUGUUAUCAAGAAAAUAAUCUGAUUUGGAUAUCUUCAGUUCUUACUC